AUGGCAACGGCCCCCUCGUCGCCUCGCAAACGGGCCGCGCGUGUUUGGUCUCCGGCUCGAGCAAACAGCGCCAAACGAGCUCCCCGCCGCUGGCUGCCCGAAGGUGGCGGAAUCCGCGAGAGAGGACCGCGUCGCCGCCCUUGGCUCGGGGAAAGGGACAUCGGGCGCGCUUCUCGAAGGUUCUGGGGGACGCUCGCGCCGCUGUACGCCCCCCCUUCUCGUGCCACUGUACGCCAUGGCUUCCCGUACCAGCCGACGGCGCUGGCGUUCGACCCCAUCCAGAAGGUGCUGGCGGUGGGCACCAAGCACGGCUCCAUCAGGCUUAUCGGUCGACCGGGCGUAGACGUGCACGUGCGCCAUGAGACCGAGGCGGCCGUUCUGCACGUCAUCUUCCUGAUCAACGAGGGCGCUCUCGUCUCCGCCACGGCUGACGACUCCAUCCACCUGUGGAACUACCGCCAGAAGCGCCCCGAGAUCGUGCACUCGCUCAAGUUCCAGCGGGAGAAGAUCACGUGCCUGUGUCUGCCGUUCCAGAGCAAGUGGCUGUACGUGGGCACGGAGCGCGGCAAUGUCCACAUCGUCAACAUUGAGCUCUUCCACCUCUCCGGUUACGUCAUCAACUGGAACAAGGCCAUUGAACUAUCCAGGAAGACGCACCCCGGCCCUGUGGUGCACCUGAGCGAAUGUCCAGUCGACCCCAGCAAGAUGCUGAUCGGUUUCGAGACGGGUCAGCUUGUCAUUUGGGACCUGAAGAACCGGUGCGCUGACGUCCGCUACCAGUCAGCCGAGCCCCUUCGCUCCGUCAGCUGGCACCAUGAGGGCAAGCAGUUCAUGUGCUCACAUACGGACGGCUCGCUCACCACAUGGGGCAUCAAGCAGACCACACCGAAGCCGGCGUCCACCAUCUUUCCUCAUGCAAAAACAAACAAAGACGGUAAACAAGAACCCUGUAAAGCUAUACAGAAAGUACAGUGGACUUGUAGUAAAAACGGGGAUUCCUUCGUCAUAUUCUCCGGCGGCCUGACCAACGACAGAGCGGGAAGGACCCCAAGCAUAACGGUGAUUCACGGGAAGACGACGACCGUGCUGGAGAUGGAACACAGCGUCGUGGACUUCAUUACUCUGUGCGAGACGCCCUUUGCGAGCGAGUUUGCAGAACCUUACGCCCUCGUCGUGUUGCUGCACAAUGACCUGGUGGUCGUGGACUUACACACCCAGGGCUACCCGUGCUUCGAGAACCCGUACUCCAUGGACCUGCACGAGUCCCCAGUCACGUGUUGCACCUACCUGGCCGACUGCCCCGCUGACCUCGUCCCGGCCUUCUACUGCGUGGGAGCCAGGGGUCAGAAACGCCAGGGCUUCAGCGAGCGAGAGUGGCCCAUCUGCGGCGGCGAGUGGGGGUCCACCUCGUGUAGCUAUGCAGAGAUGAUCAUUACUGGGCACGCGGAUGGAAGCAUUAAGUUUUGGGAUGCAUCAUCUGUUAGUUUACAAGUUCUCUACAAAUUAAAAACUGCAAAGGUUUUUGAAAAGCCAAGAACCAGAAGUAUUGACGGUGAUGAAGAUCCAUUUGCAAUCCAGCACAUAUUCCUGUGUCCAGAGUCGAGGUUGCUUUGUGUUGCAGGAGCCACAGCUCAUGUUAUACUCUUCAAAUACUCCAAACAAGAGACUACUGGCGAAGUUCCAUGUCUGGAGAUUCCAAUUGUGUAUGAGGUCUAUGAAUCAGGUGACUGCUCACCCGAGUACGAAUUCCCGCCUCGCCCCACACUCCAGGGAUCAGUGGAUUAUUUUGUACCGAUCCACGUCCGAGGUGGAUCACAGAAGAAGGCCUCUGGGUACCAGGCUGAUCUGGUGUGUCUUACGCCCUGGGUGGAAGGUGAACCCCCGGGAUCAAUAACUGCUCUCUCUAUCAACUCGUCGUAUGGACUGCUCUCAUAUGGAAAUGAGAGUGGUCUGGUGAUUGUGGACUACAUAGCCAAGACCUGCAUCUUGAAUAUGGGCACGCCAGAGCUCUAUGGAUCAGCAGAUCCGUACCAGCGCGUUCCUCGCUCUCCAAAACGGAAUGAGUCCAACAAAGAAGAUGAACGAUGCAGGUCACCCUCGUCUGAUCAGGAUGUUAAACACAUGGGAUCCUCCAUUUUUUACCAUCAACAAACCACACAGGAGGAUUUAGAAAUUGACGGCUUAGUGAGGAAAGAAAGCAAGGAGGAUCUGAAGGACCCCAAGAAAGCUGUGAACCGCAGCGAUAGCAAAGGACGUGGAGAUUUGGAGAUCCGCAAAUACCUCCUAAGAAAGGACAGUAAAGGAGUAGAGAAAAUCAAGGAGGAAAAGAAGGAGGGAAUGCUUGAAACAGGGAAGAUGGAGAUCAGGAAGCUGCUUGGAAGGAAGGAGAGUAAAGCCAAGGAUGAGAAAGAUGGGAAGGUGAAGGAGAAUGAAAAAGAUGAUGGAGCAGUUGAUGAUAAUGCUCCGAUGAAGAAAGCUUCCUUUAGUGAGGGGAAGAAAGCUGAAGACAAUGGACAAGAGCAGGAACUGGCCACAGCUGAAGAAGUAAAUGAUGGAAAUAAAGGAGAGCAGAAGCAAGAACUGAAAGUGGAACAGCCAAAGUCUCGAGCAGUGUCUCCUGGUGGCGAGCUGAGAGUGGAGCAGCCAAAAUCGAGGUCUGUUUCUCCUGGUUUUGAGCUCAAGGCAGAUCAGCCGAAACCAAGGGCUGUCACUCCUGAGCCCCAGUUAAGGAGCGAGGGAGAUGCAAAAGCAGCUAACAAUGACCCAAAGAGGCAGUCUGUUUUCCGUUUGAAGGCCCAGUUUAACAAGCUGGAUGCCAAGUUCAGGAAGGCCUUUUCUUCAGAAAAUAAUUCAUCCAUUGACAAUAAUUCCAAGUUUUAUGUUGAUGAUGAUAUUGUCGUUAUUGGACCUGAUGGAGAAAUGAAGGAAAAAGACCUGAAUGAUGUUCUUGAAAUCAAAGGUGAUGAUACAGAAGAGGUAUCUGAAGAGCUCAAAAACUGUGUAAAUUUACUGAAUGAGGAUGAAGGUUUGGAUCAGAAUGAUGCAAAACCUACCACACUUGGUGUCAGCCCAAGACCAAGCCCAAGAGAGAGUCCUGGAGUUAGUCCAAAGCCAACUCCAAAACCAAGUCCCAUAGAAGAGACUGAUAUUCUUGAGCAUGAAUUCUCAAAAGAACAGAAAAUGAAGGAAAAUGAAGACCGCAAAUCAUCUCUUGCUCUGUUUGACAAAGAUGGCAACCCAGUUCCUCCCCCAAGACGUAAAGUGCGACUUGCAGAGGCCAAGCAAAAAAGCAGCAAGCUUUCACAAAGUAUCUGUGAAACAAACAAGGAAGCAGGUACUGUUCAGACUCAGAAUAGUGCUCAGGGUCAAGCAGGGGGAUCUUCCUCAGUAUCUCCCACAGACAAGGAGAAAGAAGAGGGCCUUGUGGAACUCCGCAAACAGAUGCCGAAAAGCCAAGCUGGGGAAGUAACCCCUACCCAGACUCCAAGUCACCUAACACCCACACCAGCACCCACAAGCACUAAUAUAACCAGUCCAAACAGCAAGGGAGCUUUCAAGACAUUUGUCAGCCACAUCACGAAGAUGGGGUCCUCACACACUUAUCAGGACAAGCUAGAUGGCUCCUUUAGUCGAUCUCGUUCGUCCAGCAUCAGCAGCCUUGAGAAUAUUAGCAGUGAGGCAAUACAGUGUCUGGCCUUUGCUGAUUCUUAUAUAAGGAAAAAUGAUACCCAAAUGUCACCAACCCUAUGGGUAGGAACAAGUCUUGGGUCAGUCAUCCAAGUUAUGUUAGUUAUACCUCCAUUAGAAGGGCGUCUGUCUAACCCUGCACAGGUUACUCCCAGUGGGACGAUCUUUCGUCUGAAGGGUUCUGUUCUAGCAAUGUCUUUUCUGGACUGCAAUGGGGCACUCAUACCCUAUCAGUAUGAGUCCUGGAAGGAUGCCAACAAGGAAAAGAAGCUGGAACGUACUCCGACAAAAUCAUUGGUCGACAACAGAAUGUCGCCAACUAACUCAGGAGAGCAGACUUGGGGAGACCGACAGUUUGUUGUGAUUGCGUCAGAGAAAGUGGCCAGAGUCGUUGCAUUACCGUCGCAGAACUGUGUAUAUAAGCAGAUCAUCACUGAGGUUUCUUUUGUUGUUAAGGCAGAAAUAAUUCAGAUUAAAGAUAGUGUAUGUCUAGUUUGUUAUGUUGCAACAGGACACAUUUCUGUGUUUAGUCUGCCCAGUCUUCGACAGCUGGUGUAUGUAGACUUCCUGCCUCUUGUUGACCUUAGAAUUGCAAGGACUUUCUGCUUCACAAAUUAUGGCCAUGGGAUGUACCUGUGUUCUCCAACAGAAAUUCAGAAGUUUACUCUGUCCUCUGAUUUCUGCAAAGAUAUGCAAGAUCUUCUUGGGGAAUUAUUCCUUCCGUGCGAUAUGCCAGAGCCUCCGAAACAGAGCUUCUUCAAGGGGCUGUUUGGGGGCGGAGUCUCACAGUUAGAUCGGGAAGAACUCUUUGGUGAAGCAUCAGGAAAGGGAUCUCGCAGUGUGGCAAAGCAUAUGCCUGGAUCAACAGCCCAGCUAGAAGCUCUGAACAUCCGCGCUGGCACAGUUUCUGGGGAAAUUGCCAAAACCCGAAUGCAGUUGGUUGAACGAGGACAGAAGCUCGGAGAAUUGGAGGAAAGAACCGGAAGGAUGAUGACAGAAGCAGAGACCUUCUCCUCAACUGCGCACCAGCUCAUGCAGAAGUACAAGGACAAGAAGUGGUACCAGCUAUGAAGUGACUAUCAGGUUGUUAUGGUGAUAUCAUGUACCAGUUAUAUAUUUCCCUAGCACUACAUCCUUCCUCUUGAGAUGUAAGGGUAUAUGUGAUACAAAAUUAGGAGGGCACGUAGAGCGUCGCCCUUUGUCAACCUGCUGUAUACCAAAUACUUAUGGGAGGUUGAUACAGACACUGGGGAGGUUGGGUGCCCAUUAGGAGAGGUGGUACUUGCCAUUACAGUCUUACUGUAAAUAUGGUUCUUGCAUUUAGACAUCAGCCCCACACCAUCAUUCAAGUUGUUACAGUAUUUAAGAGUAUCAGCAGGUACCUGAUACAAGUGUUAGGUGAUGCUACCCUUUAACUGUAGUUGGUGUGAUAUCAAGGUAUUAUGCUGUAGGAGAAAAAUUCCACAUUAGUGUGGGAAUUUCUUGAAGUUGUGGUGAUUGUAAAUAAGUAAAAUAUGUACAGGGAAACAGUCUUAUGAGAAUGAAUAUUGAGGAGUUAGUAGCUUGUAUUCCCAUGUGUUUUACUGGGUGUGACAUUAAUGGCCAAACUGCAUUGGGCAAAGUGCAUGGAGCUGCACUUACACAGUUACACCAAUUGGUUGUGAGCUCUUAAGAUUAUCAUUAGGUUUACUAUUCCUAAUGGUCUUUGAUCAAAUUUCCUCUUGUUCCUAUAUUCAAAUUUUGAAUUCUGUUUACCCUUUAAUUGGGCACAUGGAUAUUUUAGAUUCUUCUUCUUUGUAAGGUAUAAUCAAUAUUUGAUUUCAUAUGAUGAUCAGAAAUGCAGUACUCAGUGUUUGCUUUUGUAUACAGGGAGCACUGUUUCAUACUGUACUGACUGAAGUUAGUAUAACUUUGCCAUUGGGCUGAAAUCAGUCACUAGCACUGAAUACUAAGUACAGGAAUCCACUGUUGUUUUGUGAUAUUGUAAUGCAAUUGUUAUUGAUUGAUACACAAUGAGUGCAAAUGUGGAAUUGCUUCUAACUUUUAUAAAGUGAUCUUUGUGAAUUUGCCAAAAAUAUGUGUUUAGACCAAGGAUGCCCUAUAAUGCAUAAUUUUUGAAAAUGUUCUAUUUACUGAUAAUAUUUUAGCCAAAAAUUAUCUGAAAAAAAUUUAGUUAUUUUAUAAGCUGUACAAGUAUUGAAAUAUGUGAUAUAUAGAUUUUUUUUCAAAGUAGAUUGCUUUCCACUAAAAAUCAUUUAGGUAUUCUUUUUGCUUUCAAGUGAUUAAGAAAGUGUCUUAUGCUAAAUUACAAACAUGUUUGGUAACUACAGAUGAAAUAACAUUCAGUAUAUCAAUAUUCUAUAGCAUACUGACUGUAAAUGUAAUUUAUUUUUCAUGUUGUGUAGAAAUUACAAACCUAGUUAUCUGUUUAAAUUACAUUGUAUAUUGAUUGUAAACAAGAAAUUUCAGUCUACGAAGGGUCAUCUGUAUUGGCACUGUAUCAACUUCAUUUUUAAAGCAAGUUUUUUCUUUGGAAUCAUGAACUUUAGUUAUUAUAUUUUUAAUGUAAACACUUUUGUAUCAUUAAAAAAAAAAAAGAGAGAAAGAAAAAAACAACCUUUCAAGAAAUUAUAUUCAUGACCUGCGUGUCACUUCGUAGAUGCACAUGCAUAAGAGGGAGCCGGCCUCUGCUUUUCUAUCACAAUCUGGCUCAUGCAUCUGAUGAUUCAUCUGGGCUCUAUUACAUGAUUUCAGACAAGUUUCAAUUUAUGUAUGUAUGCGCCCCGUUGCUGACAAACAUGCGGGUCCAUACCAAAAAAAUUGAAAUAACUAAGAGAACAUAAACCAGUCUAAUGCUAUGGUACAUGAGACUUUUCUACAUGGAGUGAGGCUAGCAUGGGUGGAUGGACUAUUUAUCUACUUGUUUUCUGAGAAGGGAUUAUUUUUGCCUUUUGAUUAAUAGAGGAUAGUCUUGGACUUUUCAUUUGGCUUGAGAAAAUGUUAAUUUACACUUUGUAGUGACAAAUUGAAAGGACAUUUACUUAUCACAGUGUUUUGUAAAAUAUAAUAUCCAUGUUAAAUUCAUUAUCCACUCAGUAAUAGGUCAGAUUUAUGUAUCUUUUAUAUAUAUAUACAUAUAUGAAUAUGUAGAAAUAUAUUUAUGUAUACAAGGAUAUAGCCAUAUCCCAUUCUUUAAUGGCUUUUUGUAAAAGCUGAAAAAAAAUACGAUUGUAAUUUCUGUGAUUUAGUUUUACAACAGAAUUUUGAAGGAGAUGGAGGGUUCAACACCCCAUAAUACAGACACAACAACCAAUGCAUGUUAUCCGUGUUUGUGGAUCUUACUUAAAGAGAAAAUAAACCUAAGUGUCAUCAACUUCACAGUAUACAGUUCUAAAGUAAAGUAUUUUUCUUUUUCAAAUCAUGAUGAUGAGUAAUACCCAUUCAUAUUACUGCAGAUAGAUAUUUAUGAAAUGCAUUACAUUUGACAUGGCUUUUAUUUUGUAUUUAUUAUAAUUACCAUUACAAUUUACAGUAGAAAAUACAGCAAGUGAGAGAAAUGAAAUAGAAACUCUUUGUUUACAUUUUCCUUUCAGGUUUCCAUUGUAAGUAAAGCUUUUCAGGUUUUGCAAGUAACACAGACUGUUUGUUGAGCUGUGAGGGCCAGACUGCCAGGGCAUUUCAAGAUUAGGAUUGUGAGUAACCUUGUUUCUUUUCCUUUUAAAUUUCAGUGGCUUAAUUCUUCAUCUUUCUCUUCUUUUUAUUCCUCUCCUUUUCUUUUUUCUUUUUUUUUU